UCCAUGAAUGCGGCUGCACACUGGCAGACUUCUGCACCUGAUCCCGCUGCGCCUCUAUAGGACGAGGUAAUGCAAACCUCCUCUCCUCCUCCAUGAUCUCCAAUCUCUUUUUCUGGAUACAAAUACAUAUUUUUUCCUUUUUAAUCUAAGAGGAACGCUUUACCAGUCCUCCAAUUUCCUCCCAUCCGCUGCGCUCUCUGACUGGGGGGGAGGGAUGGAAGGGACAGUGAGAGCACGGACUUUCCUGCACCUAUUUUGCACCGGAGCGGACUGAAGGCUCAGUGACAAGUCAUUUCUUUUUGAAACAUGUCUAAUAUGUAGUAUUGGCCUCUCAUUAUUUUAACUCCUGACUGAAACACCAAGAACAACGUUGGAAAUAUGUUGCCAGGAUGGAAAAUAACCCACAGUCUGACUGGAGCGCCUUGGCUGCUCCUUACCCCUUUGCACAACUUCAGCUCAUAACGACCCAGUAUUUAUUAUUCCAUGGAUCGCUGAAGGUUGCGGUGCAUCUCUGAAUCCAGGCGCACAGUGUUGGAGCCUCCUUCCUCCCCUGUUUUGCGUUGGGGGAAAAAAACCCUUUGAGAAUGAAUGGUUAUCUGGCUGCAUGCACCUUGCACCCUUUUCCUUGCUUCGGAGUCUCUGGACGCGCCGUCAACAUCUCUAAAGGUAAAAAAAAAGGCUAAAGGAAAGAGGGGGAAGAUCUCUACUUCACCAUACUUCUGUGCUCUUUUCGCCUUUUCUUUGAAAGCAAAUGAGCCCUCUCCCAUGGAGGUAGUACAGCCGCUCUGGGGGCCCAAUGACCAGCGGGGAGAUUUUUCCAAGCAAAAGGAGCCCGUCAGCAAGAGGCGCAUCGGAUGAAAUCAGACCCCCGCACCCUCCCUAUUCACCCACCCCACUUCCUUUUCCUCCUCUGUUACUCCCCACCCUAUCUUCUUCCCUAUUCCUCCUUCUAGUUUAGCUUGAAUUGUGUUAAAGCUGCACAGGGGCAUAAAGAGCUAGAAAAACCUUGUUGCACCCCCUCAAAUCCAUCUGCGCUCUUACACUCGAGCUGGAAGGACUGUUUUGCGCACGUCUCCAUCAAUGCUGCCCCAAGUCUCCAGAGGGAGCCGCGCUCAUUGCCACCGCAGCUUUUGGUUACUAAAUGGUUUACUGGGGGAGGUUUUCUAACCGGCGAGAUGCUGCUCGUACCCCUGCUGGCAGCCUUUUUUUCCUCCAUCUCGGGCUCCCUCUCCUCGUCCCUCUCCUCCAUGUCAGACGGACCUCCGAUAAUGAACCCCACUGCCUCGGACCUGAUGGCCGAGACCUGCAUCGCCUGCUCUUGCAUGUCGGUGGAGAACGUGCUGUACGUCAACUGCGAGAAGAUCACCGUCUAUCGGCCCACACAGCUCAUCCCUCCGGCCUCCUCCCUGUACCACCUGAACUUCCAGAACAAUUUUCUGAUUGUGCUGUACCCUAACUCGUUCCUCAACUUCACCCACGCUGUGUCACUGCAGCUGGGGAACAAUAAACUGCAGAACAUCGAAGGUGGCGCGUUCAUGGGGAUGAGCGCGUUGAAGCAGCUGCACCUUAACAAUAACGAGUUGAAGGUGCUGCGAGCUGACACUUUCCAAGGCAUUGAAAACCUGGAAUACCUUCAGGCUGACUACAACUUAAUAAAAUACAUUGAAAAGGGAGCAUUUAACAAACUACACAAACUCAAAGUGCUGAUUCUGAAUGAUAAUCUCAUACAGGCACUUCCUGAGAACAUUUUCCGCUUUGCCUCUCUCACACACUUGGAUAUAAGAGGAAACAGGAUCCAAAACCUUCCUUAUUUAGGAGUCCUUGAGCAUAUCGGCCGGAUCGUAGAGCUGCAGCUUGACGACAACCCCUGGAACUGUACCUGUGAUUUAGCACCUCUGAAAGCGUGGCUUGAAAACAUGCCCUACAAUAUUUUUAUCGGCGAGGCCAUAUGUGAAACACCAAGUGACUUAUAUGGGAGGCUCCUGAAAGAAACCAACAGACAGGAGCUUUGUCCCAUGGGAACGGGAAGCGAAUUUGAUAUUAAGAUGCCACCUGCACAGCCUGAAAAUGGGCAGGGGCCAUCCACAAUGACACCAACAACAGCGGCUCCAAAACUGCCAAAAACAACCGACUCGUCUAAGUUUUAUGGAAACGGCAUUGUGGCUGGUUUACCCCCUUUUGGCAAAAACAGAGAGAAUGUUCCACGGACUCCCCUAAUGUUGUGUCCACUCCCUUGCAGCUGCAAGGCCCAUCCCUCUGACUUUGGUGUCAGUGUAAGCUGUCAGGAAAGGAGUAUAAGAAAUCUUGCUGAUCUUAAUUCCAAACCCCCAAAUGCCAAGAAACUUCAUCUAAGUGGGAAUUACAUUCGUGAUAUCAGCCCAACUGAUUUCCAAGGCUUUGAGGGUUUAGAUUUGCUUCAUCUAGGCAGUAAUCAAAUUGCAGUGGUACAAAAAGGUGUAUUUGCUAACCUUACUAAUCUGAGGAGAUUGUAUUUGAAUGGAAAUCAACUUGAACAGCUACACCCAGAGAUGUUUCUGGGCCUCACAAACCUCCAGUACCUUUAUUUGGAAUACAAUGCCAUUAAAGAGAUCCUUGCAAGCACAUUUGACUCUAUGCCCAAUCUACAACUCCUGUAUCUCAACAACAAUGUUCUUCGGAGUCUCCCAGCCUAUAUCUUUGCUGGUGUCCCUCUAGCCAGGCUCAACUUGAAAAACAACCACUUCAUGACAUUGCCAGUGAGUGGUGUCCUGGACAAUCUGCGGUCGCUGACCCAGAUAGAUCUCGAGGGCAACCCAUGGGAGUGCUCCUGCGAUCUGGUCGCCCUCAAGCUUUGGCUGCAGAGGCUCAGUGAUGGAGUGGCUGCAAAAGAGGUGAAAUGUGCCUCCCCUGUGCAGUUUGCAAACAUUGAGCUGCGUCUGAUUAAAAAUGAGAUUCUCUGUCCUAAACUCACGACACCUCCACCUAUCUCAAGCUCUACCCCAAUUGUGACCUCGGUAUCACCCGCAGGAGUUGGCAAGGCACCUCCCGGAGGACCUGUGCCUCUCUCCAUUAUGAUCCUCAGCAUACUUGUGGUGCUUAUUCUAACUGUGUUUGUGGCCUUCUGCCUUCUAGUCUUUGUCCUAAGGCGGAAUAAAAAGCCUGUGGGCCGACAAGAGGGGCUGGGGAACCAGGAGUGUGGCUCGUUGUCUCUACAGCUUCGUCGCCAUGGGCACAAAUCUGGCAAGAAAGGGUCCAUCCCUGGGGAUGACUUGGGAGGUGAAACAUUCAUUCCCCAGACCAUUGAGCACAUUGGAAAGAGCCACACCUGCGGCAUUGGACGCUCCUCAGACAUGGAUGCCGGGUUCAAGUUUGCCGACUCGCAGAGACAGAAGAUCAUCCUGCGAAACUGUCCCGAUAAGGACAAGGACCUACUCUCCACCCUGGAGCGCAACAAACGCCUCAGCACCAUCGAUGAACUCGAGGAGUUUCUCCCCAACCGAGAGCCCAGCCUGUUCAUCCACAACUUCUUGGACAGUAAAAGAGAUUUUAACAGUAUAGGGAUGGGCGGGUAUGAAAUCCGCUAUCCUGAAAAGACACUGGAUAAAAAGAUGAAGAAAUCAUCACUGAUAGGUGGAAACCACAGUAAGAUUGUGGUGGAGCAGAGGAAAAGCAUCAUGACUGAUUGGAGGGUUAUCAAUGGGGAGCAAUUGAUGGAGAACUGCAGGAAGCAGAGAUAUGGAAUUGGCCACUAGGGGCGCUGUGCACUUUGGAUGUAGAAGCCAAGCAGCUGAGCUGAAGAACAGUUUCAGCUGGAAAAGAGUUUCGCCGAAGAAAGAAAAGCUGAUUUAUUUGGUUUUUGUGACUUUAACUCUCUUUUUAAACUGUUUUAAAUAUGUAUUUUCUAUAAAGCUCCUUUCAAUUUCCAGGUAUUAAUGUAAAAAGUAAAUACAGCUGAUUACUGCUUUCAGAUAAAAUCCCAAAGAAACGACAAAAAACUGUACGUUUACGGCAAGUUUUUUUUUUGCUUUUAUUGUUUCUUCACAUUGAGGCUUGUGGUUUUGUUAUCGUGUUAAUGCUUUAUCAAACAUCUAAACUGGAUCCAGUUUAGAAAGUGUCGGGUUCAGAUCAGUUUAUAAACCUGAUCGAAACAAACCUGCAGGUCCAGAAAGCAGUGAAAUGAUUAUUUCCUUUUUUUGUAAAACCGUAUUUGUCUGAAGAUCUUUUGUGACUAAAUUAAAUGACACAAAACAAUCAAGAUGUUGAUCAAAACAUAAUGUUUUGGACCAAAGAUUUGAGGGUUAUGACUGAAAUUUACUUUCCAAAUAACUAACAUGCUUGAUCUUUUUUUCAGGUUUGAAUCUAUGCCUGUUUACAGAUUCCUUUACAAAAAAAAAAUAUUAUUCACUAAAAUUCUGCCUGUUAUAUCAUUGUUAAAAAGAUUCAUUUGAAGAACAGAAAGUAGCGGGGUAAUUAUGUCAUGGCCUUUGACCCCCAUUGCAAAAUAACUUUGGACAACGGAACAAGUCUGGAAAACAAAACCAACUUCUGUAGUUAUUCAGACUUUAAAAACUGCAAAGUCAAAUGUGUUUCGUUUCCAGACUUUCCAGCUCUACACAAGAACUCUGAGUGUCGACUGUAUGAACCGUCGUAUGUUUGGAGCAACCGAACAUGCAAACCAAAUUCAAAUCCUUUUUGACCAACAGGUAAAUUUUACUAUGCUACUGUAAAAAGCUGCUGUUUACUUUCACUCUUGGUUCAAAUGUGGUAAAAAGACAUUGUUCUGACAAUAAUGAACCACAAUUCAUAUACUUCUUGGGUCUUUUAAUGAAUAUUUUUAACCUGGUUUUCCACUUUAUGUGUUUAAGAAGCGACCACACUGACAUGUUAUGGACCCUAUCUAAUCCAUUUGGUGUCAAAAUGUGCAAAACGUUUCAAACAUACACAUGGAAAGAAACAACACACUGUUUCUUUCCACCAACAAGGUUCUAGUUGAACUGUGUGGAUAAUUGAUCAGUGUUGGUUUACCACAGAUUACUGCAGGAUAAACACUGAUCUGCUGCAAACAAAGCAGAUUAAAAACACAAACCAGCAACAGAAAAGUGAAGAGGAAAAGAAGCAAAGUGUAUUUUACUCAAACAUAUGUUACCAACUUUUUCUCUGUUAUGUCAGUAUUACAGUAUCAGGCUGCUAUCGCUGGAUAAAGGAAUCUGUCUAAAGUCUGAGGAAUGAAUUUUUGUGUUCAAGAUGCACAUUCCUGGUUUUAAUUUCUACAUUGAGACUCUUUGUGCUGCUCUUGACAUUAAUAACCCCGACCUUUGAACUCCUGCUGUGCUCUAACCCAAGCCCACCUCUGUCUCCAUGGCGACAUGCUGGUGAAAGAUCCUAUAUGUACCAUCAACAACUGUAAAUGCCAGAUGUUUUAGGCAUGAGUAGUCAUAUAUGUGCAUAUAUGGACCCAGUUUGAAAAUACAGUUUCCUAACAAAUAUUUGAAUAAUUUGAGAAUAUUUUUAUGAUUCUGGUCUCCUGAAAUACCAAAUGUUACUAUUUAAAUUAUGUCCAUGAAGCUGGUACCAACUGGACAUUUGUAUAAAUUUCUGUUCAUUUAUCUGGUGUAAGUGAUUGAGCUUUUCUUUUUUUAAAUUAUUUUAGAUAUUUUUUUUUAUCUCUGUCCUAUAAAUUUUAU